GCCAUGGCUACAUCUUUUGAAAACUUCAGCAGCAACUUGAAGGAGAGGAGAGGGGGUGAAGAGAGCGCCUCUUCGUCGGGGGAGCAGGAUGAGUUUUGCAGGUAUACUAAUAUCGUGCACUACUGGCUGAUACCUGCGGUGCUGUUCACAGUGAUAGUGUCAUUCUUGCAAAAACGGCGGACGAAGCGUGCCAUCGACUUCAAAUGUCCUCUCAAUCAAAGAUUUGGCCUGCCACUGCCAUUAAAGCUCCUCAGCCUGCACAGUAACCGCUGGGCCUUCGCCAUGGCGUUUGGAGCCAUCGCAAAUGUGGUGGUGGACAGGAUAGGACAAGAGACAUCCGUAUGCUUAUUUAAUGCACCCUCAUGGGCUAAAGUGUUUGUGAUAUUAGUCUCUGCUAUGGAGGUGGCAGUGAUUCACUACCCAAUGUUUGUCUGCCUCACUGUGGAGAACAAGGUCCUCGGCAACCUUAUGGGCUUCGUUUACACUCUGGCCUGGUUUGCCUUUCAAGUUUACAAAACUGUUGACCAACAGAAUCACAAGGACAUGUAUGAAGAAGCUCUUGCUGUACCUGUUCCUGCUUUGUUGUGCUGCACAUUCCUCGUCCUGAACUUCCUCCGUGGCUUCUUAAAGCAACUGUCCUCCGGCUGUUUUCGCGACAGCCAGGACCUGACGGACCUACCUCAUGUCACUGCAUAUGUGAAGCGUCUGCUGAAGCCCAGUGAUGCAGUAGUGAAGAAAUCCUUGUUCCAGAGGCUGGUGUACGAGUGGGAUCCCUGCUUCCACUUCCCUGCACGCAUGAUUAUUGUAUUGGUGAUGGCAUUGAAUACUAUCUAUCAGACUGCAUUUGUACAACUGUCAUUGGUCAUCAACUUUCACGAAUUCUACAGGAAUUGUACCGCAGAGGGCAAUCUGUUCUGUUUAUUUUUCUCGGGAGCAUUCCCAGAUUUUGACACAACAUUGAUUGUCACCUCGUUUCUGACGCUCUUCAUAACGGUUUACCAUACCUUCCAAAUCAUGGUACAGUACAGGUGA